AUGGCCCCAUCAAGACUCUUCCGAUUGGGGCUUUUCAUGCUGUUGAUCCAUUUCUCCUAUUCGGAUCCGGGGUCGGGCUGCCCUCGGACCAACACCUCCCUUCUCAACUUCACCUCCCACUUCACCAUGGUGCAGCACCAGCUCCGGGGCCUUUUCUCCGUUGUAGACGAUUGCUCGUUUCGGGUCACCCGGUUCGACAUGCUUCCGGGUCAGGACGUCCACUGGUGGGGCGCUGCCGGCGAUGAUUUCCAGAACCUCACCGGCGGCUUCCUCAUCUCCGAAUCCUCGCAGCUCAACCGUACCUUAAAAAACGAAACCUUUGUCGUUCGGCUGCGGGAAAACGUUACCUGGGAUCGAGUUAAAGUCGUCGCCGUUUGGGACCUUCCCACUGCUUCCAAUUUCGGGCAUAUUUCGUUGAGUGGUGUUGAAACUUCGGCCCCUGCCGAGCAGCCCACCAUGUUUGAAAACUGUAAGGUUCUCUCUGAUGGUUAUAGGGUUAGGUGGAGCUUGAAUGAGAGUGAGAAUUUCAUUGAUAUUGGUUUGGAGGCUGCAAUUGGGAUUCAGUAUUAUAUGGCUUUCGGGUGGGCGAAUCCGAAUGCUACUUCUUUGAUGGUAGGUGGUGACGUGGCCGUCACCGGAUUUGAGGAGGAUGGACUGCCGUUUUCUCACGAUUAUUAUAUCACCAAGUACAGUGAGUGUAUGACCAAUGAAGAUGGCACUGUUCAGGGGGUUUGUCCCGACAGCAUGUACAAUUCUACCGAUGCCGUUGGGUUGGUGAAUAAUACGAAAUUGAUUUACGGACACAGAAAGGAUGGUGUAUCCUUUGUUAGGUAUAGAAGACCAUUGAUUUCUAACGAUAGCAAGUAUGAUUUAGAAGUUGAUCCCUCAUCGAACAUGAUGGUCAUAUGGGCAGUAGGGCUUAUCAAGCCUCCAGAUAGUCUGCGACCUUUUUAUCUUCCGCAAAAUCAUGGUGGGACUUUUGGUCACCUGAGGCUUAAUCUUUCCGAGAGAGUAGAGGAUUGUUUGGGGCCAUUGGAUGCUAAAGACAAAGAAGACCAAGAUAUUACGAUUGCUGAUAAAAAGGAGCCGCUUGUUGUGUCGACAGGCCCUGCAUUGCAUUACCCGAAUCCUCCAAAUCCAUCCAAAGUCCUCUACAUCAACAAGAAGGAAGCUCCCCUUUUGAGAGUGGAAAGGGGUGUGCCGGUGAAGUUCUCAAUACAGGCCGGGCAUGAUGUGGCUUUGUAUAUAACAUCUGAUCCUUUAGGAGGUAAUGCAACUCUGAGGAACAUGUCGGAGACUAUAUAUUUUGGGGGACCCGAAGCGGAAGGAGUCCAGGCAGAUCCCACGGAAUUAGUCUGGGCACCAAACAGGAAUACGCCUGAUCUCGUCUACUACCAUUCUCUUUACAUGCCGAAAAUGGGCUGGAAAGUCGAGGUUGUCGAUGGAGGCCUUCCGGAUAUGUAUAGUAACAGUGUCUCGUUAGAUGAUCAGCAGGUUAUGUUCUUCUGGACUCUGUCAGACAACAGCUCGAUAUCUAUUGCCGCAAGGGGUGAGAAAAAGAGCGGGUAUCUGGCAAUCGGUUUUGGUCGUGGGAUGGUAAACAGCUAUGUUUAUGUGGGUUGGGUUGACAAUAACGGCACGGGAAGAGUAAGCACCUACUGGAUUGCUGGAAGAGAGGCCCUGGACGUGCACCCCACAAAGGAGAAUUUGACUUAUGUGAGAUGCAAAUCUGAGAACGGCAUUAUCACAUUCGAGUUCACACGUCCCCUAAAUCCAUCAUGCGACCGGAAUGCGAGACCAGAAUGCAACAACAUAAUUGAUCCUUCUACUCCUCUGAAAGUCAUCUGGGCUAUGGGCGCUCAGUGGUCAGAUGGACACUUGAGCGUGCGUAACAUGCAUUUUGCGACCAGCAAGAGGCCAAUGAGUGUGCUUCUAAUGCAUGGUUCGGCAGAGGCAGAGGAGGAUCUGAGGCCUGUUUUGGCUGUCCAUGGGUUUAUGAUGUUUCUCGCUUGGGGAAUCUUGCUUCCCGGUGGAAUUUUGGCGGCUAGGUACUUGAAGCACGUUAAGGAUGACAGCUGGUUUAGGAUUCAUGUGAACCUGCAGUAUUCGGGAUUAGCUAUUGUGUUCCUUGGUUUUCUAUUCGCUGUUGCCGAGCUCCGGGGCCUGACUUUCGACUCGUUGCAUGUUAAGUUUGGGAUGCUAGCGAUAUUGCUUGCGUUGGCACAACCAGUGAAUGCGUAUUUAAGGCCUAAGAAGCCUGCUCCUGGAGAGGAGGCUUCUUCGAGGAGAGUUAUAUGGGAAUAUAGUCAUUUUAUAACUGGAAGGUUUGCUAUAAUUGUGGGAAUUGCGGCUCUUAUUAGUGGGAUGAAGCAUUUGGGAGAGAGGUAUGGUGAUGAGAAUGCUCGGGGGUUGAGUUGGGCCUUGAUAGUUUGGUUCUUGAUAGGUGCUUUGAUUGUAGUGUAUUUGGAGUGCCGUGAGAUUACCAAGAGGCGGCGAGCCAGAAUAUCUGGCAGAAGCAAUUGGGUGCUGGGUGAUGGUGAAGAGGAGGAUACCGACCUCUUGAACCAAAGUAGGCAGGUGGCGGACAAAGAUUCACUUUCUUCAGAAAGAAUGGAAGUUCAGCUAGAACCGUUAAAUAGAUAG